AGAGAGAGAGAGAGAGAGAGCCUGUCUUCAGUACCAGUGUGUUGGCUGCAUUUAUCUCUCUCCUUCUCCUCUGAAUGCACUUCUUUGGUUUUCUUGGGCUCCGAACAGUGCAGCCCCAGAAGAGAAGCCGAGCAGAGCUGGAAUAAGCGACAGACGGGUCAUUGUUCAAAUCCAAUGAGUAAACCAAUCCAAUGAGUGAAAGUACAUCAUUUGUUCGACUCUUCGUGGGGAUCCUGCUCAGUGCGACAGGUGUACAUGCCUCCUGUCCCAUUGAGUUGAGUCCCCCCAGUGUUGUGGUGAGAUAUGGACACUCAGUGUCAGUCAACUGCAGCACAUCGGAGAGCCGGUUUGAAGGAAUAGGCUGGGAGGCUAGACAAGGAGGCAUAGGUCUAAAGAAGGCCACCUAUCUGGUCUGGACUGUGGAGAACCUAACAGACUGGACCGUUUCUCCCUCAUGUUACAUCAACCCAUUACAAAAUAGCCAAUUCCAACAGUGCGUUAAGAAACCAGGAGUUGUUCUUUACACCUUCCCAGACACCAUCAGUAUCUACCCCGGCGAUGCACAAGGUCAUGUGAUGACUGAAGGGGAGAAAUAUAACUUUAUGUGUGACAUUAACAAUAUAGCACCUGUUCAAAAUCUCACUGUGAGGUGGUACAAAGGAGGUGAGAUGGUCUAUGCAGACACUUUCGACAAUCCCAAAAAGGAACCAGUGAAUCAGUCUUCCGUCUUCAGCUUUACACCGUCCAGACAAGACAACGGCGUCACGUUCAGAUGCGAGGCACAUUUGGACCUGUGGCCAAAAGGUCCACAACUUAAUGCAUCUUCACAAGAGUGUACUAUUACAGUUUUCUUUGGACCAGAUGUACAAUGUUCUUCUUUACCUGACAAACUGGAGUUACUGGAAGGAGAAACAUUGGAGAGGGGAUGCCCUGUGACAGGACGCCCCACCCCGGGUGUCACAUGGCUGAAAGAUGGACAGCCCACAAACCAGACCGUCCCUCUGAGCAGAAAGGAUACAGGCCAGUACACUGUUGAAGCUGAAGGCAGUGGCUUUGUCAAAAAGAAACUCUGGGUUCUUGUAUUGUAUGGACCCGAGGUAAUCUGUCCAAACAAUUACAUUGCUCUGGAGGGAGCUCCUCACAACCUCACUUGCAUUGUUGAGGGCUAUCCUGAACCUAAGACCAUAUGGCAUAAAGAUGGAGAGGAGGUGGUACUUCCAGAGUACCUAACAAGAAGUGAUUCAGGGCAGUACUUGAUCACAGCUACAAGCGAUCUGUCGAGUGUCAACCUCACAGUCGAGAUUAAUGUUGAAUACCCACCAUCCCAGAUAGUUGAGCUUGAAGACUCUGAAGUUGACGUUGGUUCCACUGUGUGGCUGAAAUGCUCCUCCGUGGGCAACCCAAGACCAAAAUAUUUCUGGAAUUAUUACCGGACUGCCAAUGUGAUAGAGGAAAAUGAAGAUGGAGUGUCCCGUCUACACAUCCACAAUGCUACUGUAUACAACAUGGGCUCCUACACAUGUCAUGCCUGGAAUGACAGAGGAAAUGUAUCUAAAACAGCCAGAGUUACAGUAAAAGGUGCCAGUCAAGAAUGCCCCGUUGAAAUAACUCCAGACAGGAUGGUGAUACAAUACCAAAGCAGAGGCCAGAAGGCGACAUGCAAGGCAACAUCUGCUAACUCCAGACAUGUCAAAGAAAUAUACUGGAAGGGAUUCCAAAAUAAGAGCACAAGUUGGUCUGUUGACACCUAUAACGACUGGGACUCGAGGCCUGUUUGUACCGCAACGUUUAACGCAAUAGGAACAUGCCAUAAACAUUUAAACUUCACUCUCUACAAAACACCAGACAGUGUCUCCGUUCGACCUGUGGAUAACUUGAACUCAGUGGUGGUGGAGGAGAGAGAGUUUCAGCUGCAGUGUGACAUUACCAACGUUGCUCCUGCAGGAAACCUCAUUGUGCUGUGGUACAGAGGGAAUGAAACCUUCGAACCUCUGACCAAAGGCUCAAUGCAAGUGACUGGCUGCCUGUCUGAGAAGGACACAAACUGUGACAUCAGUGUUGUCCGAUCCCCGCUGAACGUGUCGUCUACCAUCAGCCUCACUCUGGACAGAAACUACAACGGAGCGGAGUUCAGAUGUGACGCUCAGUUAGAUCUUGGACCUACGGGACCACGGCCCCCUCCAAACAUGAUGUCCAGUCCUCUUAACAUCAGCAUCUACUAUAAGCCCAGCAUCAAUACCACAAAGCUUCCAAAGACGAUCCCAGUGUUCAGAGGUUAUCCCGAAGAGCUUGUUUGUGAAGCUGAUGGCCACCCGCCUCCGAAAAUCCAGUGGCUGUACAGCUCCGACUUAGUGCCCCAUGUGUCUGGAAACACACUCACUGUGUAUGAAGCAGGUGUCUACAAUUGCAGCGCCACCAAUGAAGUGGAUUCCAUCUCUCAUGAGGUCAAAGUGAUUUUAAAAGAGGACUACCUUCCCCUAAUAGCUGGAUUUGUGGCUGUUACAGUAGUUGCCAUCUCCAUCUUCUUCCUCUUCAUCUACUCAAUCUACUACAAGAACACCAGGAUGCGCCGCUACAGUCUUAAAAACCCCAAACUUGACACCCACAGUGGCAAUGUAGCCCACAACGGCUGGGACAUGCAGUUUCCUAUGACCAAGCUGUCUUGUUACGGAAAGCCUGUGAGGUCCUCCUGUCCAGUCGAGAUCUCGAUGAGCCCUCCCGAAGUUGUGGUGAGAUUUGGAGAUCCCUUCUCCGUCAUCUGCAGCUCACCAUCCAACCGGACACAGUCAAUGGGCUGGGAGUCACCAUACGGCACAGGCAUAGGACUUAAAGAUAGAGCCUCGUCUGUUUCCUUAAAAAUAGACUCUAUGAAAAUCUGGGAGCUUAAACCACUCUGCUUCAUCAAUCUCAAUGUCAACCACCAGCAAUGUUUACAAACCUUAUCAGUCACUGUUUACAAAAUGCCGGACAGUGUAUCCAUGUCUCAGCCAAGUCAAACGGGCCCCAUGGUAGAGGGCAAAAAGUAUCGCAUGCAGUGUGACAUUGUUAAUGUUGCCCCAGUAGGAAACCUCUCUGUGUACUGGCACAAAGGAAAUGAGAUAAUCUACACAGAGGCAUUUAACAAGACCAGUCCAUCUCCAGCCAAUGCGGCAUCCGUCUUCAAUCUGACUGCCCAAAGAAGUGAUAAUGGAACUCAGAUUUGGUGUGAAGCAAAGCUGGAGUUUUCCCCAUCAGUACCAAAUCUAACCGCAAUCCGAUCAAAGUCACAUGAACUGGUUGUACUGUACUCACCAACCUUCACCGAGCCCGAAAAUGAGACCAUGCACCUCGAAGCUGGUAGUAAAAUCAUUUUAAAUUGCACUGCUACGGGAAACCCAAUGCCGGUAUACAGCUGGCAUUUUCCACAACCAAUACAACAGACAAAUAUAAAUGAGAAUGAGCCCAUUCUGGCCCCGUCCUUUGAGCUUCCAGGUAACUAUACCUGCACAGCGUCUAAUACUCAGGGCACCAGGACCAAGACGUUUACAGUCAUCGAAGUUACAAUGUCAGGUGAAGGUUGCUCUCUCAUCCUCAAGCCCUCCCGGGUCGUGGUGGGUUUUGGGGAGCCGGUAUCAGUCAGCUGUGAGGCCACUCGGCCAGUACGUGUCCUGGGCUGGGAAUCGGUCAUCAGUGCUGUACACACUCAACAGGACCUUUCUGUUCGAUGGAAGGUGGACAGUCUCAUUGAUUGGAUAGAGGAGCCUAUCUGUUAUGGUGUGUUCUUCACAGCUCCCAGACAGUGUGAGGAGAAGCUCAACCUUGUCCUCUACAAAACCCCAGAUAGCGUCUCCAUCAGGCCUGCGAACCACACUGGCCCCAUGGUGGAAGGAAAAGAGUACCAGCUGCUCUGCGACGUUCAGAAUAUUGCACCUGUUCAGUACCUCACCCUGAGGUGGUACAAGGGGCAGACUGAGGUUUAUAAUCACUCCUUCUCUGACCUCACAUCGUCCUCGCCUGUCCAAGUCUCCUCUAUCCUCAUGGUCACACCAACUAAAGCUGAGGAUGGAGCACAGUACAGGUGCGUUGCAGAGCUCGAGCUCGGACCAGAGGGUCCACAACCACCUCCUACUGUGACCUCGGAGCCUCUUAACGUCUCGGUGUACUUCCCCCCAAUGUUCCUCAGUCCCGAGCCAGAGGUUUUGAACCUUAUAGUGGGUGCUGCCAUUACCUUGAACUGCACUGCCACAGGAAACCCUGCACCUGUGUACAGCUGGCAAUCCUCCAAUCCUAUGCAGGAGAGGAUGGAGGAUGAAGCAGUUCUUACCUCCCCCUCACUGCUCCCAGGGACCUACACCUGCACUGCCUCUAAUACACUAGAGAAGAAGAGCAAGCUGUUCAUCGUCAAGGCUAAAACCAAGGGUGUUUGAAGCAACAGAUCUUGAGAUGGAUUUGAACGACUACAUCGGACAUGCAAGGAGAAUCCAACUAAGGGGAUUUGACUGUUGCUGCUUUGGAGAAGGAAACAACAGUGCAUUACAAAUAUUUAUGAGGAUCUUGCUAUCAAGCAGAAUUAGAUCUCUUUAAAAUAUUUUUGAAUAUAUUAUGUUUGGUAAUUAUCAAUUAUUUUGUCAGUAUUUUAACAAAAUGUGUUUCUGUAAAAUAGAUUGGUGGAUUAGGAUAUGAUAUGCUUUUCAUGUGAUAUCCUGUCUGUAAUUUAUAUUUUUGCUAGACUUAUUUUCAUAUUAAUGAAAUUAUCUUGUAACGUUACACGUGUUACACUCUUGAUAUAGCACUGAUGAUUACAUAAUCAAUUAUGUACGCUGGGAAUUUACUACAGAAUGUUAAAGAUCAGCAGGCCAUUAACUGUAAAUAUGAUUUCCUUUUUCUUAAUGUUCUUAUCUUU